GACGCAUAGGUCAAGCCAGAGAAAGCAUGCGCCGAAGCGCCACUUUGUAACAUAUGUGGAGUCAGCAGCGUUCGUGCGAGUUAGCGAGAUACGGCGAGGCGCAGCGUCCGAGGAACGAGCGGGGAGUUUCGCCUGCAAAGACGAGCUGUUAGGGUUUCAGCUGGUGACGGAGAAGAAUGACGAGCGGUCCGAGGAGGAGAGACGAAGUGAGCGUGGCCAACGGGGGGGUGAAGCUGUCCACAUGGAGCAAGGCGCUACGCUGCCGGGCCGUGUGGGACGAGAAGGAUGAGUUUUUAGACGUGAUUUACUGGUUCCGGCAGAUCAUCGCUGUCAUCCUGGGCAUCAUUUGGGGCAUCGUACCGCUGAAAGGGUUCCUGGGAAUUGCCAUAUUCUGCAUCAUCAACGCCGGCCUCCUGUACGUCUAUUUCAGCAGCUUCCAGCAGGUGGAUGAGGAGGAGUACGGGGGCACCUGGGAGCUCACCAAGGAGGGCUUCAUGACAUCGUUUGCUUUAUUCCUGGUUGUUUGGAUCAUAUUCUACACUGCACUGCAUUACGAAUGAAGACCGUCGUGGCAGAGUCAUAGGGAUCAAGACAGGACUUUCGAGUUGGUUUAAAAUGCCAGCAUUAGAACGUCGAAGUCAGGAGUUUUUCUCGUGUAGUCUUUGCCAACCAUCGUGCACCGUCAUUCUGGAAGGAGUGCGUUGUGGGUACUUGACAACAAGCGAGCGCCUCGGACCGAGGUUGUCGCUGCAGGUCUUCGGGGCCAGAACUGUACUCGCGCUGCUCCUCUCCAGGCGAGCAUGGGUUUCCAUUUUAUAUCUUUUAAACCACAUUGUACCAGAACAGGAUCAUGUUGCAUUUCUUGGUUUUUUAAGAGGACAGGCUGAGGGCUGGUUUCAUAUCUUCCAGAUGAAAUGCAAUGUGCUGUCGUUAAUUUACAUGUGUGAAACGGCUGUAAGACUUUGAAUUCAAUCAGGUCCAGGAUGUAUUAAACAAUUUUGUUUGCUUGUUAUGUAUUUGAGUACACUCUUCAGUGUUUUCUGUUUGACUUUGAGUCUUCAUACACCAUCUGGAGUCUUGAAAUAUGGUUAAAAUAUCAAGAGAAAAACCUAGUUUUUGUCAAUUUGGGGGAAGGCCAAAUACUGGCUUCUGAACGGAAGGAUUCGGGGAAAUGCAUUAAAGAUGGACC